UUUAGAACCUUUAACUGCAGUCAAUUCUUUUAUUUAUUUAUUUAUUUUUUGUUAUUUUAUGCCUCACUUAAUCUUUCAAGUUCCUCGUUACGUUAUCCUUCUUAAGAUCUCAACCCUAAAUACGCAAUUCACCCCCAUUUCUGAAGAAUUUAAUACGGAUUUAUUUAAAUUUCAAACUGAGUUUUCGCAGAAUUUCAAGCAUUUUAAAUGUAACGAUUUCGGAAGCUCAUCCUAGUUAAAGCUCCAUUUAAAAAACUGAAAAAUAAAAUAUAAAGAGUAGGGAGAGAAAAAUCCUAUUGUGACGUCGCCAGUCAAUGACACUACCGGUGUGACGUCACAAAGACACUUUUCCAAUUGGUUCUCGCCAUUGAAAACACCGGAAACUGGACGGGAUAGACAGGUGGUCGACCAUCUGUUACUGCCACGUCGAGUGCGCCCAACCAUGUGCUACCUGGCGCACAAACGGGGAAGGUGAGUUCGUCAGUACAGUCAUGUCCGUCCCGUGGGAUAGGUGCGGUGUAACUCCGGAGGACUUAUUCAACUGGGAGAGUGUUGCCAACUCGGGUGAUGCGUUCGUUCACACCGCUGUGGACAAGUCCGACGAGAAUUUACUCUUACUUUACGUACAGAACAAUCGCCCCGAUUUGUUACAAAACGGGCAAAUGUACCUGGAGACGAUCGUCGAGGAAAAUUCAGACGAUCUAAAAAGUAUUAGCGAAGAAGAAUCGUUGGGAUGGGGUUCAUGGGAUGACGAUUCGGCCUCCGAAGACGAUCGCAUUACUGUUGUGGAAGUUGGAUCGAAGGCCGACGAGGUAGGUGUGCAAUCCGUUCGCACGGAUGAAGAUCUAUUAGUUCCGCCGUCCUGCCAGGGUUCAAAGGUCGAAGAGUGGAUUGAUCGUUGGAUAGACAGUGUUUGCCACGAGAUAUUAGAGAGUUGCGCUGAUAAGGAGGCGCAGAGCAAAAUGGCCGAUCGUUUUAUGGAUACGCCCGCCGCUAUAGUUAAUACGGUCAAAGACGUACUCAAUAUUUCUGAAGUCACCAACGAAUUCUGUAUGUUUGGCACCCCCUUAUCCAGUCCAAGCAAUAGUGAGUUUUGGUAUACCAAUUUCGAUUCAAACUACCAACUAAAGCGCAAUACGGACGCAUCUAACUUGUGUAGUGCCGAAAAACAGACUCUUAAUCCCUUUCAAACCGAUUCUAGAACUUUUACACUUAGUUAUAAUGAAGAAACACAACUUCUAGAUGGUUCCUCGUCCAACUGCGAAAGGUUUAUUGCAAAUAAAUUACCAGAAGAGCCACAAAUAGGAUUCACAGUGGAUUCAACUCCCGACGAGAUCAGCACGUCUUUCGGUGUGUCAUAUCAAAACUUUAAACAGAAACAGGAAAUUGAAACAUCCAAUUUUGAGGAUCCUAAAUGUAAGUUUAAUAAUAUCAAUACAAUAGAAUCAGAGUUUAAAUCUGAUGAAUCUACUUUUAAUAAUUCAAGUAAUGAAUACGAUAAAAUCGAAGUUCCUUUGGAUGUUUUUCACGAUCUGUUCACGUUUGAGAACCACAAACACGAAAAUAACACGGAUUAUGUUCCUGAAGAUUCAGAAAUUAAUGAUUCUUCCGUUAGUAUAAAAACUAUGGUGUUAGAUUCAGAUAAUUUAACCGAUUUAGACGCAGAUAAAUCAAAUUUAGGAGAAUUUAAUGAAAAAAGUGACAAUGAAAAUAUGUGGGAAAAUCCGCAAUCUUGUCAGUUUAUAGAUUCGUUUAAGUUAAUCGAUAAUAUACCAAAACCGGAACCAAGGAUACAACCAUCCAUGGAAUCGCUACAGAUCACUAAUGCUUCUGAAGACAUCUUUUACUUAAAAUUUGAGAAAUUUCACGAAGAUUUUAAUGGAACUGAAAACGGUAAGGAAAUUUUAACAAUUUCAGAAGAAUCUUUAUUAGAAUCCAAAUUGGAUGACAUAGUUUAUAUGUCAACAAAAACGAUCGAAAAUAAUGAACCCAUAAUCAAUCCUGCAAUUUUAGAUUUUCAGGAUUUGUUUAAGGAAUUUAAUAAUGAUUCGUUUUCAAUUAUGAAUGGUGGUGGUUUAAGUAAAAAAGAUGACUCUAUAUUUCCUCCGGAUUCACAUGCGAACCACUUGACAGAUGAAAUAGCAUUUUCAAAUCUCUCCUAUUCACAGGAUAAAACUCAGGAUUCUUUCAACGAUUUAAGUUCGAAAGAAACUAAAGAUUUGUUUAAAGAUUUCUAUCAAUUUGAGAAUAUAUUUUCCAAUGAUGAUUUUGAAUCAAAGAAUGAGAGUUGUCAAAUUUUAAAUCUAGAAAGGAGAGAAGUGGACGAUAGUCAAAUGGAUCCUGGUUUAGAUAAUAAAUUUGUAUGUUUAAAUCCCGAAAUUCAGGAUGAAAAUGUCGAAAGUGUAAGCGAAAAUUCAACAGAUAAGGCAGAUAAUUAUUACGAAAAUGUGUUUAACUCUUUAGAUAGUGCAAAUUUAAAUCAUAAGGAGUCUUUUCAUUGCGAAAAUUUAUUUGACAGUGAAGAUCAAGAAUCAAAUUCAGAAAUGAUAGAUUUAAAAGAUGAUUCUAAGGAAUUAAACACGGCAAAUAACGAAUUCAAAGCAGAUAUAUCGGAUAUAAUGUGUUAUGACAGAAAUUCAAUCCCGGAUCCUGGAGGGAAAGAGCCAGAUUCAGAAUGGAAAAACCAGAACACUGAAGAAUUUCACUGUUCAGACAAUGAUAUGUUAUACGUUGACAAGUCAAACAAAAAUGAAGACGACCUCGUUCCGAGAAGUGUAACCAGAAUAUCAGGAUUAACAGCAGAGGCCCUCGACGCCCUAGACGAUUCGGGAUACGUGGAAGAAAGUAGCGGAAGUGAAGACGGAAAUCAACCUCUUCAACUUCUUGGUGGGCUAGUGGCGCCAUCUGUCAAAGAGAAUCUCAACCUAUCCGAGGAAAACCAACCUCUGGGGGGUGUGCCUCCACAAAAUUAUGCACACGAUCGUACUUGGGUAACAAACGCUGAAUCACCGAUUGUGGGCGAAGCUGCCUCGUCAAUUUACAACUUCGACACCCGAUCCUGGUUAGGAAAUCGACACGACAACACCGAAAACGAUGGGCAGCGAUACGACGAUCGUGUGGCACGUUCUACCCCCGACAUCACACGCACCCUGUCGACGUCGGAAGACGGGUCAAGGUUCAGUCGGGCGUUAGCGGGCGUUUUAACUUACGCCGGGGCCAGAAGUACGCCCGAUCUUACUAAAGUGGGUCCUCCGCUCGCAGCACUCUUUGGUAAAAGUGUCAACGAGCGAAUACGCGACUACUUGAACAAGACUCGACAGACGAAACCUGAACGGAACUUGGCACAUCAUAGACGUCUGUGUGUUUCGGCCGCUAGCGUUAUCGAAAAAGCGGCGAAAUUCGAGGCUAAAGGUCACUACGGGUUACAGAAGAUCGGAAUGCAAGAAAACAAGCCGACUGCGGCCGUAAGGCCAACAGUCUUUAGGGUAACUAGCAAACCACCUUUACCUAUUUCCAGCCGAGUCAAGUUGACCAACGCCAGGAGGGAAUUUUUCGAAAACUUGAACGUCGGGCAGCAACCUCGUAACGAUAAACGCUUCGAGACAUUCCGUGAGGAAACCAAGAAGGACAGAGCCAGAUUGGCAUCGAGCACACCCGAUCUGGCAGGUUUCGUAACGGCGCCUGUGCGGAAAUUUGUCGAUCGAUGCGAAAGCUGUGAUGCGGCAACGCAACCGAAAACCAACGCUAGUCCGUAUCGUCGUUGUACUGGUGACAUCGUUUGGAGUUCGUAUACCGAUUACCUGCAUCGGCAGAAGAGGAAUCGAAUCCCAGAAACUAAUACUUAUCUUGAAACUGAUCUAGAUACACUGGUGAGUAGAGAAGUGAGUGAGACUAAUAUUGAUUCUAAUACCAAACACAAAGCUAUCAGCAUGCUAGCCUUAGACAGUCCGAGCCCUCAACCCCCUGCAAUUGAAGAUGGUACCAGGGCGAGGAGUAUGGAUUUCUUACUUGAAGAUGAUAACAGGGCUGCAGUUCUGGCACCAGAGAAUACCCUUUCUAAUAGAGUUAAAUCUGAAAGGGAACUGAGAAUAGAAAGAUCACUGCAGAAUCUGACUGUGCCUGACUGGUACAAGCAAUCUGAAUGGAGCAGGAAGCCAAAAGAAGGUUUUUUGCUUAAGAAAGAAUCUGACAGACAUGGUUGGAAAGCUUCUGGUUCCAGAACUCCUUCUGUUUCUAGUUUGACUGCAGGAACUCCUAGAAAAUAUUCUACUGAUUGGAGGAAUGUUGCUUCGUUACGCUCCUCCAGAGAAAGUCUACCCACUGGAAGUUCGUGCUCUCUGUCGCCGAGGGAGCAGGGCACUUUUCAUUAUGGUCUGAGCCGGUGGAGCAGUAGCAGAUUAUCGACCGGUAGUGUACCUUCUACCACAGCGAGUAGUCAACCUUCUUGGAAUGCUUACCGCUCUUUCCGACAACCGUAUCUGGGAUGGAGGGCCGCAGCUACUGCGGCUCAGAGUCCGGGUAGUGGUUCUCUUUCCCCGGCGCCUCACAGUCCUCUUUAUGCUAGGUAUAGUCCUACUUCCCCUCGUCUGGAAAGUUCAGACGGGGGUGAUAGAAGACACGAUUCAUAUCCAGCUAAUGGCACGUUCUUUGCAAACGUGUCCGAAAUAGCUGGCCAUCACGACAUACAUGAGAGACCUCUUGCUUUCUGUAGGGACAGGUAUUCUUACAUACAAAGUGUUUACAAUAGUGAGUUAUCAUGGGAUGCCAGUCAGCAUGAAGCACAAGACACACAGCAGCAGACUCCUGACACUUCUCCCCAGAGAUCUAAAAUGGUGUGGAUGGAAUCCUCUUUUGUGGGUCAGAAGUCAAGUGGCCAACAUGAACCUCCAAAGCAUCACCUUCAUCCUAAAGAACCCUUGGGUAGCAAGGUAACUCAAACAACAGAUGUAAAAUGCACAUCUUUGGAUGAAGUCUUAGAUUCCUUACUGGCAAUACCUCUCAGUUCCCGUUCAUCAAGUCCUACAACACCACGGAGAGAUGCCAGUCCACUCAUUGGACAUGUGCCAACUGCCAAAACUCAUAUCUAUCCAAGCGCACGAACUCCUCAGGAUCUUCAGUUUCCAAAUUUUAUGGAAAGAUUCUCUUUACCUUCAAAACCUGCAUCUGCUGAAACCACUCACAGAAGACCUCUUACAGAUAGUUUUUUGGAAACUGCAGCUAAAGAAGAAUCUUUUAAUCCUAUACAGAUCAGAGAAUUAACAUCAAGUCCUUCUUCAACAUUCCGAAGAGAAUUUCCUGAGAGCGAAAGAGGCAAAGUUACAUCCCAAGAUUCAACUCAACGAAGUGGAAAUCAGGAUGGCCAGGGUAAGAACCCCGCUCCAAGCCCAGCACCUUUCCUUCUGUCCCAAUCACCUCACCCGUACCUUAACCUUGAAUGCUGCAGCAACCAAGAAGUUCUUCCAAAGGACAACCAGGUGACACAUGGUUCCUUCUGUCACAGCACCUACUGGAAGCCGAUGGUGGAUCCUGAGGGCCAUACAAGCAACGUGGAGGUUUUGAAACAGAGAGAGGAAGAGGAUGCAGUCAAAGUUUUCAGAGCAAUUUUUAAAGUACAGAGAUUGUCCCAAGAAAAUUUAAAAAAUAUAUUUAGGAUGUUCUUUGAAGUUAUAUUUCCAUUUCGUAGCAAGGUAACUCAAACAACAGAUGUAAAAUGCACAUCUUUGGAUGAAGUCUUAGAUUCCUUACUGGCAAUACCUCUCAGUUCCCGUUCAUCAAGUCCUACAACACCACGGAGAGAUGCCAGUCCACUCAUUGGACAUGUGCCAACUGCCAAAACUCAUAUCUAUCCAAGCGCACGAACUCCUCAGGAUCUUCAGUUUCCAAAUUUUAUGGAAAGAUUCUCUUUACCUUCAAAACCUGCAUCUGCUGAAACCACUCACAGAAGACCUCUUACAGAUAGUUUUUUGGAAACUGCAGCUAAAGAAGAAUCUUUUAAUCCUAUACAGAUCAGAGAAUUAACAUCAAGUCCUUCUUCAACAUUCCGAAGAGAAUUUCCUGAGAGCGAAAGAGGCAAAGUUACAUCCCAAGAUUCAACUCAACGAAGUGGAAAUCAGGAUGGCCAGGGUAAGAACCCCGCUCCAAGCCCAGCACCUUUCCUUCUGUCCCAAUCACCUCACCCGUACCUUAACCUUGAAUGCUGCAGCAACCAAGAAGUUCUUCCAAAGGACAACCAGGUGACACAUGGUUCCUUCUGUCACAGCACCUACUGGAAGCCGAUGGUGGAUCCUGAGGGCCAUACAAGCAACGUGGAGGUUUUGAAACAGAGAGAGGAAGAGGAUGCAGUCAAAGGUGAGUCGUCCAAUCUGUCUGCAUCAGAAGAAGCACCUCACUCGUCUUCAGAAUGCAUGGUUAGUGUUACUAGUGGUAGAAAAUUAUCUAUGUGGCAUGUAUCCUUUCCUGUAUCAAGUAGCAAUCCUAUAACAUCUAGUAAGAUAGCAGAAAUCACCGAUCCUUCACUCACCUUUCAUGAAAAGCACCCGAUGGCAUCACUUGAAGCACACACUCAGCACACAGAUCAGGUGAUAAGAAAAGGAGUAAGUGAGCAGAAACAGGCUCAAUUUUGUACUUUGCAUGUAUCAAACCUUUACUUAUGCAUGUUUUCCUUUCUUCACCUUACUUGCUUGUCUCUUAUGGAACCCUCAGAACCUCCCUGCAUGCCAUAUGUGCAAGAGGGUAUCCACAUAACAAAUAAUCAAACUUCUGUUUCUAAUUUUAUCUCUGGAAAUACUUAUUUAGGUAAAUCAGAAGAAGAUGAUGAUGAUGAUCAAGAAGAUAAGAUUGUCAAUCCUUUUGAGACUAUGCAGGAAUCUGUUCAUGGAACAACUAAAUCCACUGGGACAAUCAAGUGCCAACGACCCAAAUGUAAUAAAUCACUGCCGGUGGACGAAGCCCGUUCCAAAUUUCGCACUUGUCCAAACUGUUAUACCUAUUACUGUAGUAGACAGUGCAGAAAAUUGCAUUGGGCAAGACAUCAGGGCAAGUGUCCACAGACUAAAAUUAGCAACUUGUGCAAACAAGUACUGAUGAAAGUACGUGAUGAUCCUACAUCUAGGCGGCAUUUAUCCACUUGUGCCAGAAGGGGUUUCCUAUCACGUGGUCGAGGUGCAGUUAAGUUAAUGUUCCCCUGCCAAGAUGAUGCCUUGGAUUACUUGUGUAAAGGAUGGGAUGCAGUCAAAGCUCAGACCAUCUAUAUAUCUCGAUCAGAUCUCUUAGCCUCUGAAAUUGGUUCAGAUAUCUUCAGCCAAGUUAGAACUCUAUGCGAAAAGUACAAUCCAGACAGGAAAUUUGUUCUUUUGGCAGCUAUCAUGAUUAUUAGUGAAGGAAGUGGAUCACCUAGUGGAUUCUUAGAUAGAGAAGUAGUGGUUAGGGGUACAAAAUUACAUCUUGCACCUCCAUUAGUGGAAGAUGAUGUGCCCACUUUAAUAUUAACUGUCAUCAAAGAGCCACAUCCUACAGAAACUACUUAUGAAGACAGGUUGAGUGGUAUGAGGUCUAUAGAAAAUCAGUUAUCGGACAGAGGAGUGAUUCUUUCGGAACAGUUUCCAGAGGUGUACUCAAAAUUGAAUCAGUUCGUCGAAAAGAAUGAAUCAUUUGCACCUGUUAAUAUAUUCCCAACAGACAAGAGAACAAAGAAGCUAUUUAUGUGCAUCAUAUUGCCUUGGGCAGAUGGUGAUAUUAUUCUUAAUAUAUCCUCGAAAACCAGCAGGGUCAGGUCAAAAAAGAAACACUGAAUAUUUUUAUUGAUUUCUUUAUAUUAUUCAAGAAUAGAUUUUAAUCUAUAUUAUUAUAAUUAGAAAAUAAAAUUUUCUGUGAUAACAUGUCCAACUAGGUCUGAACUGAAACAAGCCUAUCUGCUGAAGGAUGAAUAAACUCUUAUGUAUGCAAUUUGAAACUUCAAAAAUUACCAACAGCAUUUAGGAAUGAGACAGUACAGUCCUAGUAAAUUAAAUUUCCAUAUUAUCAACUGUUCUAUAUAAUAAACAAGAAGAGAACAGCUUUUAAUAAUGGAAGAUAUUUCAUUAUGUUGUAUGUCUGUUAUGAAACACACUUAUAUCCAUCUUAUACAGAAACCUG